CUUUCUAUUUUUGGGCAUCGUCAAUCGCACAAGCCCUCCGCUGAGGAGUGGCAAGGCAAGGCGCCAUGGAGGAACUCCUCAGCAUGGGCUUCUCCGAGGAUCUCGCCGCCCAAGCGCUCGCUGCCGCCGGCGGCUCUCCCCUUGCUGCUGCCGACUGGAUUCUCUCUCGCUCUUCCGACUCCGUCGUCACCGGGUCUUCGUCCCCUCCUCCUCCUCUCCCUCUCUCCCAACCCGCCUCCAGCCAACCCUGCCUCGAGCGCUUCUUCGCUUCCUCCUCUAACCCUAAAACCAGCAAUCCUGUCUCAUCCGCUAAGCCACCACCUGUUCCUUCCUCGUCUUCGCUCCCGGCCAAGCGCCGCCACCCCUCCUCCGCCGCCCCUUUGUCGGACCGUAUGCGCCCUAACACUCUCGACGCCGUCCUUGGCCAGGAUCACCUCCUCGGUUCUACCUCCAUCAUUCGCUCCUCCUGCAUCCCUUCCAUUGUCCUCUGGGGUCCGCCGGGAUCUGGGAAGACCACUAUCGCUCGCGCCCUCUCCUCCGCUCUCCCGGCCUCCCUAUACGCCUUCGUCACCCUCUCCGCCGUUUCCUCUGGCGUAAAAGAGCUCCGUGAGGCUAUCGACGGCGCCCGCCGCGCCCGAUCUCAUGGCCGCCGCACUGUCCUCUUUGUCGACGAGAUCCACCGGUUCUCCAAGUCCCAGCAAGACUCCUUCCUCCCCGCCAUCGAAGACGGUUCCAUCGUUCUCAUUGGUGCCACCACCGAGAACCCCUCUUUCCAGCUCACUACCCCGCUCCUAUCCCGCUGCCGCGUCCUCGCCCUCCAGCCCCUCAAACCGCAGUACAUCGAGGGUUUACUCCGCCGAGCCAUCUCGGAUGCCGAGAGGGGCCUACAGUUCACAACUCAAUGUCCAGUGUCGGCUGCGCAAGAGGCCAUCGACUUCCUAUCUCUGCAUUGCGAUGGCGAUGCUCGAGUGGCACUCAACGCUCUGGAGAUUGCAUCGACAAUAGCAUCACGUCGCAACGUAGACGGAAGCAAUGGGGAAUUGAAAGUGACUCUUGAUCAUGUGAAAGAGGCAAUGCAAUGCAAGCACUUGGCGUACGACCGUGCUGGAGAGGAACACUACAAUCUGAUAAGUGCCCUUCACAAAUCAAUAAGAGGAAGUGAUGCUGAUGCUGCAAUUUACUGGCUUGCGAGAAUGCUGGAAGGAGGGGAGGAACCACUGUACAUUGCUCGUCGGCUUGUUAGGUUGGCAAGUGAGGAUAUAGGAUUGGCAGAUCCUGCUGCACUACCUCAGGCUGUAUCAUGCUACCAGGCAUGCCAUUUUAUUGGAAUGCCUGAAUGUGAUGUCUGUUUGGCGCAGUGUGUCUCUUACUUAGCUCUGGCACCAAAAUCAGUUGCUGUCUAUCGAGCAUACAAGGAAGCCAAGAGGGUGAUAAAAGAGUCAACAGGGGGCAAUGAGGGGGUGCCAUUGCAUUUAAGGAAUGCACCGACGAAGCUGAUGAAGGAUCUGGGAUAUGGCAAAGAUUACAUGUAUCCUCCUGAUCACAAUGAUUGCUCAUCACAGACAUAUUUGCCCCUGUCACUUCUUGGGCACAAGUUUCUUGAUUGGCCUCCAAAUGAUGGAAAGCAAGAGUGAAGCAGGGUACGCCUAGAAUUGCACCUUUUCCAUAGAUUUAAAAUUUUGGUUUAUAGAUAGCUUUUGGAAUCUGCUAUAGAUUAUGUUCAUUUUGCUGGAAAGAUCUGAUGCCAACAUUUUCUUUGACUGGGAACUCAGGGUCCUUCACUUGGUUUGAGUAUAAAUAGUGACCCAUCCUAGUUGUUAUACUGCUUUUGUGGCUACUCAAAAUUACCACUAGUAGGAGAACAACUUCCUAAUGAUAGCUCCUCCUCUCCUAAUGGGUAGUUUGUGAUAAGAUUACAAAACAGUUAUCGAGUAUAGCAAUCUGGUUAUAUGAUAAAAGUAAAAUAGAUUGUUCUCUUCUUAUAUUAAGUAACGUGGAUGGAUGUUCCCA